AUGGACGGAGAACCGUUCAUAGCAGACGUCAGGGUGAACGGCACAGACUUUGUGCCAUCUCUUGUCGACUAUGGCUGCCUCUGCUACGGCGCGCCGCGCAUCUUGGAGAAUGCAGCGGGAGACGGCAAGGAGGUCAAAAUCGACAAGAUCACGUAUGUGUCGAUCGACCUCGAUGGACAUCAGCAGCAUCGUGUUUUCAUGUACGUCAUCGACGAUCUGAACUGGGAUAUGAUCCUGGGUAAACGAUGGAUGGAAGACCAGGAUGUUCACAUCCAUGCGAAGGAAGGAUAUCUCGAGAUCGGGUCCAAUGGAGUCCAAGUACGAGACCGACGACGUUACCAGCCUCCUCAGCUAGACGUCUCUAAUGUCAUGGCCGCAACCUUUUUAGCAGAAGCACGCCGUGACAAACGCAAAGGCGGCAUUGGAGUUCACUCGGUCACAAUGGCGGAUAUUGACAAGGCCCUAAGACCGAAACCGAAGACUGACGUAAUGGAGAAGCUGCCACCACAGUACCACAAGUGGUCUCGAGCUUUCUCUCAGCAACUGGCCGACCAGCUGCCCCCUCAUCGGCCCCUACCCUGGGGACCGCUUUACAGCAUGUCCCGCGAGGAGCUAUUGGUGCUACGAAAGACCCUCACAGAACUACUCGACAAGGGAUUUAUUAGAGUCAGCAGCUCGCCAGCCGCAGCACCAGUCCUUAUGAGGGACCGCUAUCCCUUGCCUUUACUGAGCGAGACCUUGCGAACGAUAGCCAAGGCAAGGUGGUUCACCAAGGAUUACCUCGAUGAUUUUGUGUCAGCGUAUAUCGACGAUGUCCUGAUCUUCUCCUCUGGAAGCCUGCAAGACCACCGCGACAAAGUCGGCAAGGUCCUCCAACGACUGAUGGACGCUGGGCUGCAACUGGACAUCAACAAGAGCGAAUUCGAAGUCAAGGCUGUGAAAUACCUUGGGUUCAUCAUCGAGGCGGAGUGUGGGAUCCGAGUCGACCCAGAGAAGGUUGAGGCUGUGAAGGGAUGGGCAACCCCGACGAAUAUUAAAUCCGUGAGGAGUUUUAUCGGAUUCGCGAACUUCUACAGGGUGUUUAUGCCAGACUUCUCGCCUUCGAAGCUCAAGGACCUGUUGAUCACGGCCCCGAUCCUUGCACACUUCCAUCCAGAAAGGGAGACUAUCGUGGAAGCGGACGCUUCAGGAUUCGCGUCGGGAGGCGUGCUCCUGCAGAGAGAUGAUAAGGAUGGACUGGUACGACCUGUCGCAUACUUCUCGAAGAAACAUUCGGCAGCCGAAGCGAACUACGCUAUCCAUGACAAGGAGCUACUCGCCAUUCUCAGAUGUUUGGAGCAGUGGGAACCAGAGCUACGGGCAGUAGAGCACUUCAAGAUCCUAACGGACCACAAGAACCUGAGAUACUUCUACUCGGAAAGGAGGUUGACAGAGAGACAAGUGCGGUGGUCGGAGUUCCUGUCCAAGUUCCAAUUCAAGCUCGAAUGGAGGCCGGGCCGCAAGGGCGGAUUGCCUGACGCGCUCUCUCGACGGGACCAGGAUAUGCCGGCAAACUACUCCGAUGAACGACUAAAGGGACGCAUUAUGAGGCUAUUCCAAGACGACCACCUUAGAAGGGUCCCAAUAUCGACAUUGUCUACCAACACCGAUGGUGCCCAGGAAAUCAACUUCGGAAAAGAGAUCAGGAUAUUUGAAGAUGAGGAGUUACAGCAGCUGUGGCACGCCGCACGCCAAGAAGACAAGCUCUAUCAAGAACUCACGAAGCUGGUAGCAGAUGGAGCGAAGAACAAUAGGGGCCUGCUGUGCUUUAGAGAACGCGUCUGGAUACCCGGUUCGGAGCCGCUACGUACGAAGAUCAUCCAGGAAACUCACGACUCUCAUAUCACCGGACAUCCUGGAAGGGACCUCACGUACUCGACUCUGUCGAGACGCUUCUUCUGGCCGGGUGCCGCUAGCGAUGUACGUCGGUUUGUGCGCAACUGCGAGGUUUGCGGACGAAACACCAUCUGGAGGAUACAAAGAAAGGACUCCUAA